GGCCCCACAAAUGAUACGAUUGCAAUCUUUACAAUUUUCCAAAUGGGCCCCGCCGGCAUGCAUACCUUCGGCCCCACUGAAAAUUCGUAUGCCGGCUAUAUGCAUUGCAAUCGGGACAAAAGACAAAUAUUUUUCCUUUGUCGCACUAGUAGACAUUUUUUUUUGUUUUGGUAAAAUGUUAAAUUUAUACCAUUUUCAGAUCUCUGAAACCACACUGUAUAAGAUUAAACUGAUAAAAUGCCAAGUAAUUCUCCCCUUUCUAGAUUAAUUAUCCGUAGUGUAUGGCCAGCUACUACAAUAAUCAUAUGAUCCAAUGAAAAACAUAAAAUUUGAACACUUAUCAUCUCUAAAUAGAGUUAGUAAUUAGUAUGCGUCGGCCUAUUAUUCUCAUCAUAUAGAAAUAUGGUACAUGAAAGAAAAAAAAUGUGGAAAUUAUAAAUAACAAUCAGUUCAAAUUUUGUUUUUAUAAAAAUAACAAAAUAUUGAAAAGAAAAAUCGAAAUAAAGGUAUGUAAUGAUGGAGUAAACGUGAUAGGUAUGAUAUGACCCGGAAGAAAUGAAAAUAAAUAAACCUUAGAAUUUGUUCCAAAAAAUUAAAAAUUAAAACCUUAGAAAAAGUACCUAAUUAUAGAAGAACAGAUUGUUCCCCAAAUCUUAAAGCAAAAACUAUUUUGAAGAAUAUACAUACAAAAUACAAAGUUAAAGCUGCAAAUUUGAAAUCCUCUCAUGUGUAUUUUUUUUGGGUCAACAACUCCGCAUGCAAGAUCUUGAUAAACCAUCUUUCUUUACUUCAUUUCCUGGUACAUUUAUAUAUAUAUAUUAAUGGCUUUUCAUUGUAUUUACAAAUUACAUUAUUUCUUUAGAAUGUGAACAUUUCACGUAACACACAUUCAAUUAUGUUAUUUGGAACCAAAGUUAAUUAUAUAAUUAAGGGUAUAGCCUUGAUAUAUUUUUAUCCUUUUUACCUCUUUCGUUUUUUGAUAUUGUCGAACCCAUUAUCUUUAAUUUUACCAUGUUGCAAAUUUAUAUGUCUAUAUAUCCGUCUAUUCAAACUUAAAAGCCGAGUUCAAGGACAAUAUUUUCAUUUAGCGAUAAGUUGCUUUCGCAUUCUUAUAGAUGCUAUCUCAUUGUAAAUAUAUUAUAGAUGCUAUCUCAUUGUAUGUGUACAAACCAAAAAUAAAAUAGCUUCUCAUUACUUUGUUAAUCGUACUAAUAGUCUAGUACGUAACAGAACUAAGAAAUCAAGUUAUAGAUCAUCGUUCUCUCUCUUCCAUGAGUAACAUGCACGAGCAGCAAUAGAACAUAGACAUCAUGAUGAUAGUAUUAUCACCUUUAGCCAUUAUUCAGUCCCCCAUUUACCUAACCCCACUCAAAUUUCAAAACGUUAAUGUCCAUCGUUUUCCAUUUUUGUUUUGUACAUUGGUCAAUGUCGAUUUUUUUAGUGACCCUGCAUAUAGUUCAUUUCGUACACUAUGCAAACCAUAUGCAUCAUAGUUUCAAUUAUUCAAUUUAAUAUACUUUUUUUGUUAAAGGCAAUCUGAUAUACUGACCAAAGCGUUUACAACAUGGUAGUUUCUGGAAAACAUGGUAAUUUAUAUAAGCAUUACCAUUAUGACAAUUUAAUCCUGCUUAAAUGUGGUAUACAUAUUGCAUGGAAAGGUAAAUACAUACCACAUUGUUCAGUAUUCACUCUAGUAAACAUACUUUUGGACCAAAUGAUCAGUCUCUACAAAUUAUACACCUGUACAUAUCUAAAAGCACACUUACUUGUCUAGUUGUUUUCAGCAUGCAUAUAUGUACGUCUGUGAUAUUUUGGUUUUGUAGUCUAUGAAAUGAUCUUUUUGGUCAAAUGAAAUUAUUUUAUAUCAUUCGUUUCAUAACAACGAAUGAGUGAUAAGGACGUAAUACAACCGUUACUAUUAACCCAUAACACUAACAGUGGGGUUUAUAUUAAAUUACAACAAAAUAACAUGGUAGACUACGUAGACUUCAUUUUUUUGAAAAAUAGACUCACUUUUUUUGUUUGGAAAAAUAGACUUCAUUUUUUUUUUGAACACAAUUAAUAGACUUCAUUUUUAAUGCUUUUUACUUGUUGAUUUUGAUGAUUGUAGAAUUCUUAAAACAAUGCGGUUAAUGGGAAACAGUAUAGCAAAAUGAUAGUUUCACCAUCUCACGAAUAAACUAUAAUAUUAUAUUAUUUUGGCUGAUAUUAAUCUUCAUGACACACUAUCCAACCAUUAUUGUUAUUUGUCUUUUCUUUAGAGUUGACCGUGUUGAGUACUAAAUUUGAUUUCUUCUAAAUUUCUUCAGUGCUUUUACUUUUCUCUUUUUUUCCCACCACGUCGUUUUAUUCAUUUUAUUUAAUUUUCACCUUUUUAUUCACAACCCAUCAAGAUAAAUAGGCAGCCACAGGAUAGCCCCCUAAUUCAACACACUCACAAUCAAUCAACUAUAUUAGAAAAAAAAAACAAUGAGUGAGCUUUUCUACUCUCUCCCCACUUGGGAUCUCCAUAACCUUGGAUCAUUCUUCAACCAAAACUUCAGUUUAGAUUCAUGUGGCCACAUUGAUGGAUCGCCGGAGCAUAUAUUACAUUCGCCGGAGGAGGAUAUUAUCGGCGCCGUUUCCACCGGCUAUCUCGAAGACGCACUCAUCGAAUUCAGUGUGAAAAGCAAACGGAGACGUCUUUCGUUCAACGCCGAGGACAAACCAACUAACCACUUUGAUAAUCACCAGAAUAAUUGGGGUAUGUCUGAGACUUAUAGUUGCACGAGUAGUCAGUUUGCAGAUGAAUCUCCACAUUCAUCCAUCAAUAUUUGUUCAGAGGCCUCAAAUCACUCGAAACACUCCUUCGAGCCAUCUCCGUCCAAUUCAAAGGAAAAUCUCUAUGACAAGAAGAAGAGAGUGGUGUAUCCAUUUGGAGUGGUGAAACCAGGUGGUCGAGAAGAAGAUGUAACCCUAAAUGACAUAAAUAAGAGGAUUCUCAUGCCAUCGGCUCGGCCAGUUCGGCAUCCCGUUGGAGCCUUUGCCUGCCGUCCGUGUCUUUCUGCUCAUGGACCGGGUCUCUCAGGCAAAGCCGUGGUUGCUUUCACGAAGAUACACACAUUAGGGAAGGGUACAAUUACCAUAAUAAGAACUAAGGGGUGAGACAUGUAAUUAGACUGGGUCGUUAUAGUGUGUACUCGAGAUGACGUGACAAGAAUAAAAGACAUGUUAAACCUGUUUUAUUUAUAAAGAAAAAGAUGUUUUCAAUAAUCGAAUUAGAUUUUUCUUUUUCAGUAUUUGUUUAUUUGAAUAAUUGCAGAUUUUAGUAUAAAGUAUCAUUUAGGAACUUAUCAACCAAAAAUUUGAAUCACAAAAAUAUCGUUUUGGUUUAUUAUGUUCUUGCAUGUUCGUACUUUUUGUUCUUUACGCUUUUCCCCUUAGGAACCCCUUUGUUCUUAAAUAAACAUUCAGUAGAGACUAGCAAAUAAAUAAACGAAGCGUGAAGAAGAAUAAAUAAUAAAGAAUAAAAAGCAAAAAGGGAAGAAUGUGCUGAAAAGCAAGUAAACAACAACUGAAAGAGAAUGAGAAAAUGUAGUACAUUAUCAUGAAAUUUUCGUAGGUGGUUGUAACGAUUUUUAAAAAACUUUCUUACCAUGUUAAAUAUUUGAGUAGGUUUACCAUAUAGUAAGUACAACAUGGCAUAGGUAAAUUCUGAACUAAAAGAAAUGUUAUACUUAUUGACCAACAAAUUUUAAAUCUGUAUAAAUUUGAUGGUUUUUAUUAAACUAGUAUAUUAAGAAUCUAAAAAUAAACAUAUAGUGAGAUACACAAUAAAUCAUUUUUUAACAUGAAUAAUUAUGCUAUUACAAACUAUGCAGGACGAUUAUACGUAUAAUUAUUUAUGAAGAUCCACGUCUAACUGAAUCACUUACAUUGUCCUAUGAAACUCACACUUGACGGUACUAUUUGCGGCAUGAUACAAAUCUCUUGUAAACAUUUUGUCUAUGAAUUUGCAUAAUUUCAGUGUCUAUAGGAUUCGAAACUCAAAUCUUUUGGCGUAGAAACAUUAAUGAAUUUAAGAUCGUUGGAUCAAGGGUUUCCGUAAAUGGGUUUGUUUAUGGAAAUUUGAAUUUGAAUUACCCUUUUAAUUCAGAUAUUAUGCGAAAAUGUUAAAAUGAAACCAAAUCAACCUUUUAACUAUUUUAUGAUAUCAGUGUCUUCAUGGGCCCGAUAUGUCGUAGGCCCAGCUGGAUUUGCACACAGUCAGAUACAUGAGGUCAUGUUUAUGUAAUGUGACGUUUGUCGGCAUGAGUUUAUACGGCAAAAAAAAAAGAAAAAAAAAAGAAAAAAAAAAGCUGUUUCCCCCCUCUAGCAGUCGUAACAGGAAGUGUUUAGCAUGUGCGAAAAAAAUAAACACAUAUUCAGGUGGUAAAUGACGUGGAUUAGUAAUAGUAAUAGUAUAAUUUAAUGCUCUAUUUCUUAGGAUAGCUGAAACUAAAUGGAACAUUAGUUGCAAAUUUACUGGUCAUCACCAUUGUUUUUCCUCUACAAAGGACCAACCUAGCUUUUGACCUUAGUGGGUUGGGUCCAUUUAGGCAGACAAGUAGCUAAAAUUAACAAUGAUGAAAAAACAAUAGUAGUUUGCAUGUUCAUCUUUCUCCAAAUAUUUGUAAUAAUAAAAGUUUACAGUGUCAGUGUAAAUCAACAGGACAAUUUAAAAAGCUUUGUAAGUUUCACUAAUCUAUGAUGAAACAGAUGAAUUUCAAAAUCAAACGUGUGAAAUGUUACUAGCAAUGUAUUUAGAAACCCGUUUAGAGUAACAAUUUUCACCUUGAACAUUGGAUUUUGUAUUACACAUUUUAAAUCUUUUAAGUCUUGUUAAUCAUGAUCUGAUUAAACGCACAUUUUUUAGCAAGACGUUUUGUUAAGGUCUGGUUAAACAUAGGCCGCCUAAUAUCUAUAGGUUUGGUAUUGGCUUAUAUCAAAUGUAGGCUUGUGGAUUUUCUGUUUUUCCCUUCGCCUUGUUCGUAAAUGGGCCUAACAAAUUACAGCGGACCAAAGUUAAAAGCCCAACCUGAAAACGGCUUUCGCUCAGAAAAGUCAAUAACGACUGUUCUCGCGGCGGAGCUGUUCCUUACCGGCUCAGAUGGAGCUCAGGCUACAGAUACAGAUGGUACAAAUCUUCAACUGCUUCUGAGGGUGAAGGAGAUGAAGAUGCAAAACCCUACCCUACCUUCAGGCUCAAUUUAGGGUUCCUCCUAAGCUUCUAUAACCUCCUGAGCCUGUGAAGAAGAAAGGUACUUUAAGAGGAUGCUGUUUUGCUUUUUUUUUUCUCUACGGGCUCAUCAUUGUCGCAGUGCUUGAUGACAUCAAGAGAAUGUGUGACAGCAGAAGAUGAUCGGAGACGAGACUGGCUAGUUUUCCGGGAAGAGAAACAAAGACAAGUAAAGAAAGCAGCUCUCAGAACUCUUCUAAAGACUUCUCCUCUCCUUGGGACUAGACUAGUAGCUUCUCUUGCACCCAUUUUUUUUCUUUCUUGCUUGGUUUUUUCCGGUUUGGUUUGUUUUAGUUACUUUAGUAUUGGAGCUGAUGAUCUGUCUGCAAGCUGGAACUGCCGACUUGUGUCUAUAUAGGUGAAGCGUUGGAGAGACAAUACAAGACCGCGUGGAAAAUCUCAAGACGCGUUGUUGGCUCGUUCUUCGUUUCAUGGAAAUUCAUUUUUAUUUGUACAUUGACAUAUUUUGGAUUUAAAUUUGUUGCAUAUAAGGGAAUAAUAUAGGUUUAGUUUUUGAAAGUGUUAGUACUGUUUAGAGUUUGAAGUGGUCAGGACUUUCUUUCUUUGGUACCAAGUUAACGCGUUUUGCUUAGAGAACGACCUGGUUUUAGUUUUGUUAUUAUUGGUUUUAUUUUCCCUUAUCCUAAUUAAGCCUAAAUUUCAAU